CAGAACGUAGCGGGGAUGGCGCGGGGCGGUCGGAGCAGCAGGUCGCGGCCCGCGGCGCCGCCGGCACCCGCCAGCGCGGCCCCAGCGGCCCCGGUGCCGGCGGCGCAGCCGGCGCAGCCGGCACAGCCCGGGCUGAUGGCGCAGAUGGCGAGCACGGCGGCGGGGGUGGCCGUGGGCUCCGCCGUGGGACACGUCGUGGGCAGCGCCCUCACCGGAGCCUUCAGCGGCUCCUCCGAACCGCCCAGAGCGGCGGUGCCCGCGCAGGAGCCCCGGCAGCAGCCCGUUGUGCAGCCGCAGUCCCCGUACGGGCCGUGCCACUACGAGAUGAAGCAGUUCCUGGAGUGCGCUACCAACCAGCAGGACCUGACCUUGUGCGAGGGCUUCAGCGAGGCCCUGAAACAGUGCAAGUACAGCAACGGUGUUUCUUCUCUCCUGUGAAGAAUCUGCUCCCCUGUAGGAAGGAGAAGAGCUGGUGUAGAGCCGUGUUGCCUGCAGGGAGUGAAGGAAGGACGGACAGGUGCUGAGCUGAGGGAACGGCUGGGAGAGGAGCCCUCUAGUGGUCCUUCACUUCUGGACUAGUAGGGAAGGAAAAGAACAGUUGAGGCUGUGGAAAUUAGUGCUCUAUUUAUCAUGGAGAAAUAAAGAAGCUUAUUUGGAA